AUGAAUUCCGUGUAUCGACAGCGCCGCUACUGCAAGUCAUUGCGAAUUCUUAAAAAUACAAAAAACAGUAAACAAAGUAAUAACAAAAAAAGAAUACAGAUGGAAAUGCAAUAUAUCGAGAAACUUAAUGCUCUCAAUUAUAAAUAUUGGACUAUUAUGACACGCGCUUACCUCGAAAAGGAGGAUCUGAUGGACACCAUCGACAGAAAAGAUCCAGCCUCAAAUACAAUUGCGAAGGAGCGUCGUGCCCGCUUCAUUUUACUUUGUUUGAUUGAGCCUUCAUUUGUACGCGAACUACCUGACAAUGUUAGGAGCGCAAGAGAGAUAUGGACUCAUUUCGCUUUUCGUUAUCGAAGGCGAAGAAGUGCAUCAUGCUCACAUACAUCCUAAAAUCAGUCAACGUGAUAUUUUUGAUUUGAUAUCAGCUUUCCGUAAUACUUGUCGUCAUUUGCAUAUAUGUUACAACAAAUAAAUGUUAGAGGUUCAAGUUACGUAAUUCUAAA